UCUCUCUCCCCCUCCCGCCCCGCCCCCUCUCCAUGAGCUCUGUAUCUCCUUCUUCGCUAGCCUUCCCGCUCUCUCAUCAUCAUCUUGCCAAAUCCCAACCAGUUAAUUCACUUUCUCUAUCUACACCAGUUUCAUCAUCAUCGUCGUCGUCGCCGUCAUCCUCAUCAUCUUCGUCCUCGUCUUCUCACAGUGUCUCACUGCUCCCUGUAACCAUUUCCUUGUUUAUUAAGAAGAAUGGCACGUCUCCCUCCCUAUCUUCCUUCAAUAAGUUCCUUUUCUCCGUUCUUAAUUCCGAAGACCCAUUUUCCGCCGAGCUGCUCUUCUCCUCCAUCUCCAAUUUCAACCUCUCCCCCAAUUCUCAGACCUUCUGUAUGAUGAUUCGGUUCUUCUGCACGACCAACAGGCUUGAUGAGGCUAAGAACCUCCUGAAGGCCAUGGUGGUUUCUGGACUUGUCCCUACAGUUAACAGCUUCACGAUUUUGAUCAGUGAGCUUUGUAAGAGAGGAAGAAUCAAGCACGCCAUUGACGUCUUCAAGGUCAUGAAGCGUACAGGUACAGAACCCACCAUUCUUAUCUACAACUGCUUGAUUUCUGGCCUCUGUUUAGUUGGUAGAGUAGAAGAAGCCUGUGCCCUCUUGAUGAAACUCAAAGAAAAACCCGAAUUCGUUGAUGUUUAUACUUUUACCGGCGUCAUUGAUGGAUUAUGCAAAGUGGGUCGAUCGGAUGAAGCCAUGGAAAUAUUCCAGGAGGCGGCGAGGAUGGGGAUUAGGCCGACUGUCGUCACCUAUAAUGCACUGUUUAAUGGGUAUUGCAGGGAAGGAAGGCCUUUGGAAGGGGUUGUGAUCUUGAGGAAAAUGGCAGAAACAGGGAGGAAGCCGGAUUUUGUUAGUUACAGUACUUUACUCCAUGGACUCUUGAAAUGGAAUCAGAUUACGGUUGCAAUUAGUAUUUAUAAUGAAAUGGUAGAAAUUGGAUUUGAUGUAGAUGAGAGAACUAUGAAUACGUAUGUCAGGAAGGUCUGUAAGUAUUCCUUGAGUGAUGAGUCGGUGUUGGUUGAGGCUAAGAAAAUGUUCAAAAAGAUCAAGGACAUGGGUUAUGUUCCAUCCCCAUAUACAUAUUCUACGGUGAUCCAUGCUCUCUCAGUUGGAGGAGAGGUGGAUGCGGCGCUGGAGAACAUGUACGAGAUGAUUGGACAUGGCUAUCAUCUAAGAACACUGACAUAUAAUACAGUUAUUCGUGGUUUAUGUAACAACGGUAGAGUCGAUGAUGCAUUGAGUGUUAUGAAUUUGAUGAUCAGAAGCCGUAUUAUAUUAGAUGGAUCUUCGUACAUUCCAUUAAUAACUGAAUUGAAUAGACAGGGAAGGAUAUUGGAUGCAGGUAGGCUGUAUGCAAGCUCCUUGAAGCAAGGCAUGGUUGGUCGGUGGGUACCGAGAGUGGAAACGUUGGCGGAAGAUGAUGAGGUUAAUGGGGAUCUUGUGGUCCAAGAAAUGCAAUGUGCUUCUUCAGGAUUCAGCUUCGGGUCAAUAUUGACAACACAGAUGACUACUGUUUCAGCUUCCAUUAACAGGAGUAUGUGCUUAGAAAAGAUUCAUGCUUUGUCAAGGGCUCCAAAAGCUUCUUGGCUUAUAGGGUUCUUGUUGUAAAAUGUUAAAUAUCAGUACCUCUAAGACAUUAUGUCCGAGGGAGUUGGUGCAACAGUUGGGGCUGGGGUUAAUAGGCGGCCAACUCUUGUUUUGAAUUCUUAGAGCAUCAACUCUUUUGUACCGCAAAUGGAACCUUGACAGCAAGUUAAAGUGUAGUUGGGCCAAUGUCUCCAGUACUCAGGAGGACAAAGGGUUGGGUGGGGUCUUUAUUUCAUUUGGGUGGUAGGAUGAAUACUCAUUGUAAAUAUUUGUAAGAAUCCGCUGCGUAAGAAUUGAGAGUAUCCAACUGAAUGAAGUUAAACAAAUUCUGCAGGUUUAUUUUUUA